AUGACUUCUAUAGAUUCAAAAUUAUCUCCUUGUAAAGAUUCAAUUCAAACAACUAUUCAUCAACCAUUGCUAAUUCGAACUAAUAAACAUCGUUGUUUUAUAUUUUGUAUUGGACAUACAUCAUUAACAUGUGUACCAGGUAUUGGAAAGAAAAAUGAAUAUUUAUUAAAUCAAUUUGGUAUACAUGAUUUAUCAAUGCUUUAUUCAAAAUAUCGUUUAAUUAAUAAUUAUCAAGAUUUUAAACAAUGGUUACAAAAUGAAAUCGGUUUUACAUCUUAUCAAGCCAAGAUGACAACAUGUGCAAUUAGUUCAAAAUUAGGAGAAAUCAAAGAAAUUAAUAGUGGGUUAUUACCACUCUGUUGUACAAGAAAAGGCAGACGAAAAGAAAAAGAUAAAUUAUUUUAUAAUGAUAAAAAUAUUAGCAAAAGAAAUCGAUGUACUAUAUCAGAUAAUGAAAUAGAACAAAUUAAAUUAGAAAAUUUAUCUUCAAGUUCAAAGCAAGAUCGACUAGAAAAUUCACGAUCAAUCGAUAUACUAAAUAAUCAAGAAACAUUUACUUCGUCUAGUAUCAAUAAAUCUAUACAAUCUCAACUGAACAUUGAUAACAAAGAUAUCGAAUUACUCGAAUUUGAAAAUAAUCUUAACCAAGAAAAGCCAAGUAAAAUACAAACAAAUACUAAUGUUAUUGUACAACAUUCUACUUCACCUAUAGAUGAAUCUAUAAAUGAUCAGUCGAUUUCUUCAUCACAUAUAUUGAUUAAUGAAAGUCAUGAUAAACAGCAAUUGGAUGUUGAUACAACUAAAGAAGAAAUUGAUCCAUCAGCUGAGUCGAUAAUACUUAUGGAUUACAAUAAGACAAUACAGGAUUCAUCAUCAAAAAACGAGAAAACUACGUUACAUUCCAACUUUGAUAAUCCUUCACACUCAAAGCAUAACUUUGAAAUAUGUACUUCGCCUAAACAAAAAGUACAAUCGACACUAGAUGUCUUACAAGAUAACGACGGAUAUUCAACGAAAUUAAUUCUACAUAGUACACAAUCAAAUGAUAUAUCUCAACUUAAUACUGAUAUUCUUCCAACGACUCUUAAACAACAACAACAACAACAGGAGAAACAAUUCAUUCCAACAUCAAAUUCUCUAAUACCAAUCAAUACCUUUUCAACCAUAAAUGCUUGUAUAACAGCAGAAUUAGAGGUCAAACAAGAAACCUUGUCCUCAAAUAUAUCUUCGGAAACAUUGGCAAUGACAUUAUCUAAUGAGAAAAAAUCCUUGUCAAUACUCUCACCUUUGUCAGAUUCUAAACAAUCACUCGAUAGAAUAAACUCAUUCAUUAACACAACACAGAUCCAUUCUGAUAGAAUAAAUCAUGUUGAAAAACCAACAAUUAAUAAAUCAAUAUUACCAUCUGAUUCAGAAUAUUUAACACAAAGAUCUAGCUUAACAACAUUGACAAGUACUUCGUCAAAUAUUAUUCAACUUCCUGAAGAACUGAAUCAACGAUCAUCAUUAACAAAUCUAACUGAUACUCCAGUCACAUCACGUAAUUCUAUACAUCAGUUAUUCUCAUUACAGAAUAUACAUGAAAAUCAAAUAACUAUAGGACCAUCGUCACUAGCACCGUGUCAUGCUCUUUGGGAUAAUAUAUCCAAUGAGAAAAUUCUAUUAAAAUAUAAAAAUCAUUCUUUUACAUCGAUGAAAAAAAAGAAAACUGAUCAAAAAAUAAAUCAUAAAGAUUAUAAUCAAAAUUAUCAUUCUUCAACUACACUACUCACAUUUAUUGCACGGCAACAAUAUUUAAGAGAACGACAAACACUUAAUGAGCAUAUACUUUAUAGUAAACCGACGUAA